GAUCAAUACAAGGACAUCAUGAUGGAGGAUCACCGGCCUCUCACACCACCAGUAAAGAAGAAGAGAAAAACACAGGAGAGAUGCCCCAGUCCUCUUCUUCCACAGGAUGGUUCAGAAGAACAUCGCUAUAUCCCACAGGAUGAUCAGGUAGAUGGAGAUAAGGGCAUCAUGAUGGAGGAUCACCGACCUCUCACAUCACCAGUAAAGAAGAAGAGAAGAACACAGGAGAGAUGCCCCAAUCCUCUUCUUCCACAGGAUAAUUCAGAAGAACAUCGCUAUAUCCCACAGGAUGAUCAGGUAGAUGGAGAUAAGGGCAUCAUGAUGGAGGAUCACUGCCCCCUCACACCACCAGUUAAGGAAGAGAGAAGAACAUCGAAGAGAUGUCGCAGUCCUCUCCUCCCACAGGAUUAUCAGGUCCUGAAUCCAGUUGAAGAUCUGAACAUUAUAUAUGUUACAGAGACAGAUGUGAAGGACGAUGAGCAGAGCAUAGAGGACAUUCCUACAGAUAACGACCCAGAUGACUGUACCAGGAGCUCAGAGGAACAUCUGAUAUCUUCAGAGUUUAAAGUAGAUGAUCAGGGUGGCACACAAGAUACAUAUGACGAACUUGCCGUUAUCUCAGAUAUACCUUCUGACAUUCAAAACAAAAAAUCAUCAUCUGAUGCUUUGAAAAAGGUCCUACGUUCUGAGUCAUCAAAGACUGUACUGCAAAAUAAAAGUCCCAUAUGGAGUGUUGACCAUCAAAGAACUUACAUAAGGGAAAAGCCAUUUUCCUGUUCAGUAUGUGGAAAAUGUUUUACAGAUAAAUCAUAUCUGAUCAUUCAUCAGAGAAUUCAUACAGAGGAGAAGAUAUUUUCAUGUUCAGAAUGUGGGAAAUGUUUUAACCUCAAAUCAGAAGUUGUUAAACAUGAGAGAAUUCACAAAGGAGAGAAGCCAUAUUCAUGCUCACAGUGUGGCAAAUGUUUUGUCCACAAAAACACUCUUGUUAUACAUCAACGAAAUCACACGGAAGAGAAGCCGUUUUCGUGUACAGAAUGUGGGAAAUGUUUUAAACAUAAAUCAGAUUUUGUUAGACAUCAGAGAAUUCACACAGGAGAGAAGCCAUUUUCAUGUUCAGAAUGUGGGAGAUGUUUUACUCGGAAAUCAACCCUUGCUGACCAUCUGAAAACUCACACAGGAGAGAGGCCAUAUUCAUGCUUAGAAUGUGGAAAACGUUUUAUUCAGAAAUCAACUCUUGUUACACAUCAGAAAAUUCAUUCGAGAGAGAAGACAUUUUCAUGUUCAGAACGUGGGCAAUAUUUUCCUUGGGAAUAUGAGAACACUGGGGAAGGGAAUUAGCCAUUUUCAUUGUUUUCAACCUGUUUUUAUUAACAUGUACUUGAAAAAAAUAUGUUCCAGUCGAGUAAAUCCAUAUUCCGUACACGAGGAAGGGUAUGCAAUUUAUAGCUAAAUGAUAAAAAAAAAAGUAUGCAAUUACCAGAAAAUGUCUUUUAGGGUCCUUUCACAUGUCCGCAUCCGUUCCGCAAUUUUGCGGAACAGGUGCGGACCCAUUCAUUUUCAAUGGGGCCGCAGCAGAUGCGGACAGCACACUGUGUGAUGUACACAUCCGCACUUCAGUUCCGCGGCCCUGCAAAAAAAUAUCCUAUUUUUGUCCUCAGCCACGGACAAGAAAAGGCAUUUCUAUUAUAGUGCCGGCCAUGUGCGGUGCGCAAAAUGCAGAACACACAUGGCCGGUGUCCAUGUUGUGCGGAUCCGCAAGUUGCAGACGUGUGAAUGGACCCUAAUAAAAAGCAUAUAGAAUCCAGAUUACACACCACUAUAUCCACGUGAAUAGAACAUUUCACAUUCAUUUAUAUAACUGCUUGUAAAAACAUUAUAGAGUAGAUAAAAGAGUUGUCUCAUCUCACCAUUUCCACACUAAAAUGGGACUAAGCACCAGGUGACUGGGUUUACAAAAACAGUCAAGCAGGCUGGUGUUCCGCUGCUACAUAACUCCUGUAAGUUGCCCUGCACUAGAACUAAAGGGCAUAGGGCAAUCCCUUAAAAACAACCCCAUAUUAUUAUUCCUCCUCCACCUAAAUUUACAGCUGGCACAAGGCAGUCAAGCAGGUAAUGGUCUCAUGGCAUUCGGCAAAUGCAGACUUGUCCAUCAGACUGCCAGAUAGAGAAAUGUGAUUGGUCAGUCCACAGAAGACAUCUCUAUUGCUCCAGAUUCCAGGAACGGCAUGCUUUACACCACUAGUACGACGCUUUGCAUUGUACUUUGUGAUCGAAGGCUUGCAUGCAGCUGUUCGCCCAUGGAAAUCCAUGCCACGCCUUUCUGCACUGUGCUCCUCAGCAGUCAGCAACCCUGCUCUGUAACUUUGUGGUCUCCACUUCGUGGCUUAGUUGCUGUGGUUCAUUCCACGCUGCUAUAAUACUAUUUACAGGUGAUGGUAAAAUAUCUAGGAAGGAAGACAUGUCAAGAAGUGACUUAUGUCAGCAAUGGCUCCCGUUACAUGACCAUGCUGGAAUUUAUUGAGCACUUAACAACAAGCCACUCUUUUACACAUGUCUGUAAGGCAAACUGCAUGGCCAGGGCUGGAUGUCAUACACCUGUGAUAAUGUAUAUCUUGUUUUUAUGAAGUGUAAUAUAUAGUUUGUAUAGUUACACUGCAUGAUCGGGAGCUGGAUGUUAUACAUCUGUGGUAAUGGCAGACUGCAUGGCUCGAGGCUGGAUGUUAUGCACCUGUGGUAAUGUAUAUCUAGUUUAUAUAGGCAGACUGCAUGGCCAGGGGAUGGAUGUUAUAAACCUGUGGUAAUGGCAGACUGCAUGCCUAGGGGCUGGCUGUUAUACACAUGUAGUAGUGGCACUGAAUGAAACACCUGAAAUAAACGAUUGAGAUGUGGAUGCCAAUACUAUUCUCCAUAUGGUGUAUUUAUACACAAAAGGACAUAGGAAUAGUGUGGUAAGGGAGACAAUUAAUGUAAAACAGAUCUAUCCAUAUGGGGAGAGUAGCACACAGUUAUAGCAGUAAAUAAUGGAGCAGGUCAAAGAUAAAGAGUGUGCAAGUUUUAUUUUCCUCUGAUUAAAACCUGGUCUAUAGUUAUGAUGACUCCACCUGGUCUGACGGUUGUAUUCAUUAAAGAGGACCUUUCAUGGGUCCAGACAUUAGGGGAGUCAUUAAGAUUUAGUAGGAGGUUGUGUAGGGCAUAGUGCAGACAUGUAAGAUCACUUACUAGCUUAUCUGUCCGGCGCUCCGUUUCCCCGCUGUGCCCCCCUUUUACUUUUCCCGCCUGGUAUGGAAAUGAAUAUCAUUGGUACAGGGAGGAGGAGACUUCCCUGUUUCUCAAUGCGUGUCUCCUUCUUGGCUGUAGCGCCAUCUACCUUCACCCUGGCUGUGACGCUCUACAUGCCUGUAGGGUUGUUUCGAUACCAAAAUUUUGAUUCGGUUUCGAUACCAUAAAAAAGUAUUGCGAUACUCGAUACCACGCGAAAAAAUAAAACGCCCAAAAAAUCCGCGUGCAUUCCGCAUUUUAUGGAUCGUCCUGGCCAUAAUUGAACAGUCCUAAUCUAUUUUUUGGAGAAUCGCACAUUUUUUCUUUUCUUUUUUUUCUUUUACGGCGUUCACCGCAUAGGAGAUAUUUUUUAUUAUUUGAAUAGU